CACUUCAGUAGUUUCCAAAAAAGCUAUGGUCUCUGUUCUUUGCACAAAACAUCAUAAAGCAGCUUGCUUUUAAGUCUCCAAUAUCCCUUUUCUGAAAAGAAUGGCAGGCCACUGAAAAGGUAUAUUUUAGGUUGCAUGGAGAUUUCAGCUACUUGAAAGACCACUGUUGGCUUCCCAGGAAUCCUUCACAGAGCAGUCCUUUAAGCAGGUUUAGUGGCCAACAGCUAAAAGACUCUUUGACAAAUAAUUAUAUCUGUAACUUCACUGAAACUUUCUAGCUGCCUAAACUUGAAGGCCUUUGGGCAACUCCUACUGCUCAAGUACAGUGGUGUGACCAGACCCAUUGAGAAGAAAGUGGUGUCAGGAUCAACACAGUAUUACUGUGCUUAGUGGAAGGGAAUCGUUUCUCCUUCUGAACUGAUCUCCAUAAGGUCACUGUGCUUCCUCUUGGGGAUCACCUGUUCGGCCUUGAUGGCCUUUGCUGUGCUCCUGGAUCAAGUUGGUAGCCUGGGGAGAUUCCAGAUUCUUCAGCUGGCUUUCUUGUGUAUUGCAAACAUUCUGUUGUUCCCUCAUAUUCUGUUGGAGAACUUCACUGCGGCUGUCCCUGGUCAUCGCUGCUGGGUCCACAUCCUGGACAAUGACACUGUCUCUCACAAUGACACCGGGACCCUCGGCCAAGAUGCCCUCCUGAGAAUCUCCAUCCCCCUGGACUCGAACCUGAAGCCGGAGAAGUGUCGUCGCUUCGUCCAUCCCCAGUGGCAGCUCCUUCACCUGAACAGGACCUUCUCAAACACGAGUGAGCCAGACACGGAGCCCUGUGUGGACGGCUGGGUGUAUGAGCAAAGCUCCUUCUUCUCCACCGUUGUGACUGAGUGGGACCUGGUAUGUGAAUGGGAGUCACAAAAAUCAGUGGUUCAGUCCCUAUUUAUGGCUGGGUCGCUUCUGGGAAGUGUGAUAUUCGGCUAUCUUUCAGACAGGUUUGGACGGAAGAUGAUCUGCAGCUGGUGCUUACUCCAGCUGGCCAUCUCCGACACCUGUGCAGCCUUCGCUCCCACCUUCUCCGUUUACUGCUCACUGCGCUUCUUGGCAGGGUCCUGUGUCAUGACUAUUAUGGGACACAGCUUUCUUCUCGUGAUAGAAUGGACAAAUCCCCAGUCACGAUCUAUGGUCACAACACUGCUAUUAUGUGCCUCCAGUGUCGGGCAGAUGCUCCUGGGAGGACUGGCUUUUGUCAUUCAAGACUGGCGCACACUGCAACUGACUGUGUCUAUACCCAUAUUUGUCAUCUUCUUGUCUUCCAGGUGGCUUGUGGAGUCUGCUCGGUGGCUGAUUACCUACAAUCAGCUAGAUAAGGGCUUAAAGGAACUUAGAAGAGCUGCACGCAUAAAUGGAAAAAAGAAUGCUGGAGAGAUCCUGACCAUUGAGUUUCUGAGAUCCGCCAUGCAGGAGGAGUUGGAUGCAGCCCGGAGCCAAGCAUCAAUUUUUUGCUUGUUCCAUGCACCCAGACUGCGAAUGAUAGUCCUCUACCUGGGCUUUGUGAGAUUGGCAGUCUCUGUACCUCUUUAUGGCCUGAUAUUCAACUUGCAGUACUUGGGGAGGAAUAUCUACCUGUUCCAGGUUCUCUUUGGAGCUAUCACAGCCACAGCCAGAUUUGUUGCCCUUUUGGUAAUGAAUUAUAUGGGUCGUCGAAUAAGCCAAGUGCUGUUCCUGUUACCAGUAGGACUGUUCAUUCUGGUCAACACCUUUUUGGACCAAGAAAUGCAGACCCUGCGUACGAUUUUAGCAACUCUGGGAGCAGGGGUCCUUUGCAUUGCUACUACCAGCGGUUCUGUCCACUUCUCCGAGCUCAUCCCCACCGUACUCAGGGGCACAGGUGGAGGAAUCAAUAUACUGUUCAGUAGGAUUGGGGCAGCACUGGCUCCUCUGUUGAUGAUCUUCGUGGGGUUUUCUCCCUACCUGCCCUGGAUCACCUAUGGAGUCUUUCCCAUCCUUGCUGGCCUUGUUGUCCUCCUCCUCCCAGAAACCAAGAAUCUGCCUCUUCCUAACACUAUCCAGGAUGUGGAAAAUGACAGAAAAGAAACAAGAAAAGUAAAGCAGGAAGAUAAUUGCAUGAAAGUAACACAAUUUUAAGGAGUUCCCAAGACUUGAUCCAAGGCAA